AAUAGGAAAUUAUCUAUUACAUUUAAUCAUCUUACUAGUUUCUUAGUUUAGUUUUAACCAUGGUAUAUUAAAACAAAGUGUUUCUAUUUGUUUCUGAGAUAACAAAGUUGUCUUUAAAUUUUAAUAGAGGAGCUAAGUGACUAGAAAAACGUCACUGGUCGAUUAGAUAUUUUGAAAAGUUUAAAAUGAAGAGGCAUUGCAGUAACAUAUCUUUCAGAAGAACAUGUAUUAGAAUGCAUAGCAUGAUUAAAAUGCUAUUUUAAUCUUCUGUGUUGAUUGGUUUGCAUUAACACUGUCUUAAUGACUCAUAUAUACCUGCUAGAUAUAAAACAACACAUUUAUUCACUGCUUUUCUCUAGUAGUCCAUCAAAAUUGUACUUGAAAGAAUAUCUUUCCUUAUGAAUUCUUAAUAAUGGCCCAGGCAAGUCGCAGAUUAGAUAUAAAUCUAGAAGCUUCAGGCAAGAUAAAAAGUGUUAUGUUGAGAUCCAUUUUUGUAUUAAGUAAAAGCUGGAAAGAAAACAGUCAGAAGAGAAGGGAAUUGUGACCAGAUACCAGGAAAAUGUAAUAGAUGUGAUUAAAAAAAAAAAAAAAACAGGGCUGCCUCUUGGAAAAAAGAAGAGAAAGUGACUUUAUUACUUCAUCCUGAAUGGCUAAGUAUUGAUCUUCUUUGUUUUUCUAAAGCAGCAAUUCAGUGCAGGGCGUUACUCCCGUUACUCCGUUACUAGUUCCAUAAAAAGGUAAAACAUUAGUGGAAUAACCUUUUGAUCACUAUAUUAAAAAAAAAUCAGCUGCAAGACUUAAUGCCUUUCCUGUCAGUCUUUUUCUGUAUCUGUUUAUUGCUGAUUUGACAGUCUCUAGUCCUCCUUUGCUGGCAAAUGUGUGUGUCCUUUGUUUGUGCUGGUGGGUUUUGCUACAUUUGGAUGUGAGAGAAAAGCUCUGUCUUUGCCAUACUGGUCUAAUUAGCCUUCUGAGUGAGCAUAUACAUUAAAUGGACCCUCUAAACCAUGAAAGAAGACAGCUCACAACAACGUAGAUUUUCUUCAUUUACUGGGGUUUCGCCUGUCUUAUUUCCUCCACGAAUUGAUGGCCGAAAGCUAAUCCGGAAUGCUUCAUUUGGGGGAUACAAUGAACUUUCUCCUUCCUUGCCAGGUUUUGAAAGAGGAAAGGAAGAUAUCUCUCAAAAUAAAGAUGAAUCUUCACUUUCUAUGUCAAAGAGCAAGUCUGAAUCUAAACUUUAUAAUGGCUCAGAAAAAGAGAGUUCAACUUCAAGCAAACUCACAAAAAAAGAAUCUCUUAAGGUGCAAAAGAAAAAUUACCGAGAAGAAAAGAAAAGAGCCACAAAGGAGUUGCUUAGUACAAUCACAGAUCCUUCAGUUAUUGUUAUGGCUGAUUGGUUGAAGAUUCGUGGUACUCUGAAGAGCUGGACCAAGUUGUGGUGUGUGUUGAAACCUGGGGUGCUACUGAUCUAUAAAACUCAAAAAAAUGGCCAGUGGGUUGGAACAGUCCUUCUGAAUGCCUGUGAAAUCAUUGAACGACCAUCAAAAAAGGAUGGUUUUUGUUUCAAGCUUUUCCAUCCUUUGGAGCAGUCUAUUUGGGCAGUAAAGGGUCCUAAAGGUGAAGCAGUUGGAUCCAUAACUCAGCCCCUACCUAGCAGUUAUUUGAUCAUCCGAGCUACUUCAGAGUCAGAUGGCAGGUGCUGGAUGGAUGCUUUGGAAUUGGCUUUAAAAUGUUCUAGUCUUCUUAAACGUACAAUGAUCAGGGAAGGAAAGGAGCAUGACUUGAGCAUUUCAUCUGAUAACACACAUGUGACUUUGUAUGGCUUAUUACGUGCUAAUAAUCUCCAUAGUGGUGACAACUUCCAGUUAAAUGAUAGUGAAAUUGAUCGACAGCAUUUUAAGGACCAAGAUAUGUAUUCUGAUAAAUCUGAUAAAGAAAAUGAUCAGGAGCAUGAUGAAUCAGACAAUGAGGUACUGGGAAAAAGUGAAGAAAGUGACACAGAUACAUCAGAAAGACAAGAUGACUCAUAUAUUGAGCCUGAGCCUGUUGAGCCUUUGAAGGAGACCACCUACACUGAACAGAGCCAUGAAGAACUUGGAGAGGCAGGUGAAGCUUCUCAAACAGAAACUGUGUCUGAGGAAAAUAAAAGCCUUAUCUGGACAUUGUUAAAACAAGUUCGCCCUGGCAUGGACCUCUCCAGGGUGGUUCUGCCUACAUUUAUUUUGGAACCUCGUUCUUUCCUGGAUAAACUUUCAGAUUACUACUAUCAUGCAGAUUUCCUGUCUGAGGCUGCUCUUGAGGAAAAUCCUUACUUCCGUUUAAAGAAAGUAGUAAAGUGGUAUUUGUCAGGAUUCUAUAAAAAGCCAAAGGGACUAAAGAAACCUUAUAAUCCUAUACUUGGUGAGACUUUCCGUUGUUUAUGGAUUCAUCCAAGAACAAGCAGCAAAACGUUUUAUAUUGCUGAACAGGUGUCUCAUCAUCCACCAAUAUCUGCCUUUUACGUUAGUAACAGAAAAGAUGGCUUUUGCCUCAGUGGUAGUAUCCUGGCUAAGUCCAAAUUCUAUGGCAACUCACUGUCUGCAAUAUUAGAGGGAGAAGCACGGCUAACUUUCUUGAACAGAGGUGAAGAUUAUGUAAUGACAAUGCCAUAUGCUCAUUGUAAAGGAAUUCUUUAUGGCACGAUGACAUUGGAGCUUGGUGGCACAGUCAAUAUUACAUGUCAAAAAACUGGAUACAGUGCAAUACUUGAAUUUAAACUAAAGCCAUUUCUAGGGAGUAGUGAUUGUGUUAAUCAAAUAUCAGGAAAACUUAAAUUGGGAAAAGAAGUCCUAGCUACUUUGGAAGGUCAUUGGGAUAGUGAAGUUUUCAUUAAUGAUAAAAAGACUGAUACUUCAGAGGUUUUCUGGAAUCCAACACCUGACAUUAGGCAAUGGAGAUUAAUAAGGCAUACUGUAAAAUUUGAAGAGCAAGAAGAUUUUGAAUCAGAGAAACUCUGGCAACGAGUAACACGAGCCAUAAAUGCCAAAGAUCAAACAGAAGCUACUCAAGAAAAGUGUGUUUUAGAAGAAGCUCAAAGGCAAGCUGCCAGAGAUCGGAAAACAAAAAAUGAAGAAUGGACUUGCAAGUUAUUUGAACUUGAUGCACUCACAGGAGAAUGGCAUUAUAGGUUUGCAGAUACUCGACCUUGGGACCCACUUAAUGAUAUGAUACAGUUCGAAAAAGAUGGUGUUAUCCAGACUAAAGUUAAACAUCGCACUCCAAUGGUCAGUGUCCCCAAAAUGAAACAUAAGCCAACCAGGCAACACAAGAAAGUGGCAAAAGGCUAUUCCUCCCCAGAACCUGAUAUCCAGGACUCAUCUGGAAGUGAAACUCAGUCCGUAAAACCAAGUACACGAAGAAAGAAAGGGAUUGAACUGGGAGACAUUCAAAGUUCCAUCGAAUCUAUAAAACAAACACAGGAAGAUAUCAAAAGAAACAUUAUGGCUCUUCGAAAUCAUUUAAUUCCAAGCACACCUGCCACGGAUUGUUUUCUGCAACAGAAAGACUACUUCCUCAUUUUACUCCUGAUUUUGCUUCAAGUCCUAAUAAACUUCCUGUUUAAGUAGAAGUUCUUUACAGUUGAAUCAGUGAACUAGAAAAAUCAGCUUUGACGUGGGACCAAUGUUCAAGUUGAUUUGGUUUUUGUUAAAACAUCAGAAAGUUCUAAAACAAAACAUACAGGAGAUAAAUGUAGAUGUUUGUACUUUCAUAUCUUUUAUCCUUAAAAUGAGAGCUAUCCUAUUUGUCUAUUAAUGUGAACUAUGUGUUAGAACCAGGAUAUUUCUAGCUUUUGUGAGAAUAUAUCUACAUGUGAUUAUUAUAAAUCCACAUGUAUACAUAGCUAUCUCUUACAUACUCUUACCAGACAUUAGUCUGUGUUCUGUAGAAUGUUCUGAAAUGUACUGCAACUAUUGUUUAUAACGAAAAUGCUAUUGAUCUUAUUAAUGUAUGUACGUACAGUAGUCUAUUUUCUUAGGCACAAAACUAUUAUCAAGGAAUUAAAGACUUGGAAAUGAUUGGAUAAUAGACCUAUUGUAAAUACUUCAAUAUACUAUACUGUUAAAAAUCAUUUCCAAAGUACCCAGGUCAAUUGUGUUCUUAGAAAUACUAAGAAAUAAAAAGUACAAAAGGUCAAAAUUAGUAUCUUAAAAAAGACAUGGCAAAGUUUUUAAAAGUUUACAAAUGGUUUUUAACCCAUAGAAUUUAAUAUUUCUAAAUAUAAGUAUAUAUGUACUUAAUGUGUGUAUCAAUAUAAAAAACUGGUAUGCAACUACAUGGAUGUAUUAGUUGUAACACCACCAUAUGCACUUGCUGAAAAGUGUGAUCAAAAUUAGUUGCUGUCCUUUUUUCUUUUUUUUUUUAAGCUAGCUGGUCCAUGUUAAUAGGCAAAAUUAUAAAAAGUGUUUUAUAAGGCAUAUGAAAUAGUUAAAGUCCAUGUUUUUUCUUUUGAAAAACGUUUUAGGGUUCAUUUGAACCUUAGUGUGUUCAAUGAAUAAGUAGAAUAGAAAAUAUUAUAACAAAUAUUUUACUUCGUAAACCAAAAAGAGAACGGCAAUAAAAAAGGACACUAUGGGAUAGCCUUUAUAUGUGUACAUUAAAAUUGGUUCCCUUAAAAUGUGCAGUAGUUGAGCAUUUAAAAGUAUUGCAUUCUGAAGUUAAUGAUUAUGCCCCUCUUUUCUGAGUAACUUUCAUCUUGUAGCAAAACCACAGUUCUGUAAGAUACAUUUUGCCAGGCAUAUUUUUAUUUCUUU